AUGAAUACGCGGUGUUUGUUAGUGCUAGCGGCCGCCCUCGGCGUGGCUGUUGCCCAGGAAUCCUUCAAGUGCCCGGACGAUUUCGGAUUCUACCCACACCACAUAUCCUGUGACAAAUACUGGAAGUGCGACAAUGGCGUCGCCGAAUUGAAGACAUGCGGCAAUGGCCUCGCCUUCGACGCCUCCGACUCCAAAUAUCUGACUGAAAACUGCGACUACCUCCACAACGUCGACUGUGGUGAAAGGACACAGCUUGAGCCCCCAAUUUCAACUCCCCACUGCUCGAGGCUCUACGGCAUCUUCGCCGACGAGAAAAAGUGCGAUGUUUUCUGGAACUGCUGGAACGGCGAAGCCUCUCGUUACCAGUGCAGCCCCGGUCUUGCCUACGACAGGGAAGCCCGCGUGUGCAUGUGGGCUGACCAGGUCCCCGAGUGCAGAAACGAGGAAGUAGCAAACGGUUUCGUCUGCGCCAACCCUGGUGAAGUGGCCAACGCUGGCUCCUUCAGCCGUCACGCUCACCCCGAAGACUGUCGUAAAUAUUACAUCUGUCUUGAGGGUACCGCUCGGGAAUAUGGAUGCCCAAUCGGAACCGUAUUCAAGAUCGGCGAUGCCGACGGCACCGGCAACUGCGAGGACCCCGAAGACGUUCCCGGAUGCGAGGACUACUACGGCGAUUUGGAUCUGAAGUCAAUCCGCAAGAGCGAACUCCUGGCUGGACUCCAGAACGACGGCCAGGCUCGCCAGGUCCCGAACAAGCAGCUUAAGCCCCGUCCCCAAAAGGAGAAU